GCAAUUCGUUAUAUUGGGAACUAACUAAUUAUUUUUAACAUAGAACAAGAUUAAUAAACUGUUCGUAUCUCAACAAAUUCAUCAUUCAUUAUAAAAGAUACUUUUGAAUAUUCUUUCAGAAACUAAUUUAUCAAGGCAGAGUUAAGGGCCGUCCCUAACUUGGCAAUCCUUUGGCCCAUUAAAUUACAGCAAGCAGUUUUUAUUGCGAGAUUUUUGACAGGAACCCACGCCUAGUUUAUUGUUUAUGCUUUUUUUACGGCUCAGAUUAUGUGUUACGUCUUUUUGUAAGGAAAUUAUGAAUAAGUAAUAUUUUAAUAUAACGGUGUUUCCAAACGCUUUUAAAGGGGGGUUAUUGGCUGUUUUAUCUUUAGAUUUACGACUAUAUGCGCCUUUUUUAUUACCCAAAAUUUCCUGAAAUCCGAGCACCUGGAGGCAUUAACAAUAUGGACGAAGAGAAAGAUACAUUAUAAUCACACGCAUACAACAAGAUGACAAAAGUCAGCCGUCUCCAUUCUCCUCAUAUUAAACCGAUUACGAAUAUAAAUACUUCAUUGAAAUACCUCCAUUCAUCACGGCCGACAUAAACGUCGCUCAAACAAUUAAUAUUACUAAACAUAUCUUAUUAUUCCGGUGUUUACAAAUACUUUCAUUGUUAGUAUGAACAGUAAUAAUUCUGUUUGCAGCACUCGCUCCAACAUUGUUGGCUUGUUACUCAAACUGAGAAGUUCCUCAUGUCAGUGACUUCAAAAAUAUCUCCGAGAAAUUCAUAAAGAUAGUAGUAUAAAAAGUAUCUUUAAGUGAAACCAAUAUUGAAGACAGAAAAAGAUUCAAUACAAAGAUGAAAUGUUGAAAUAAUACAAAAUUUAUAAAGUGCAUCGAAUGGCAAUUUAAAAUUCCAGUAACGUCUCUGUUGCAAUCUUAUUUCAAGUAUUGGAUAGAGUUCGAACAAUAAAAACUUUAAAAAUUCUAUAAAGUGGAAUCGUAUGACUCAGACAAAUACAUUUUAGAUCGUGCUGUUUACAAUUUUGUAUCGAAGAUGAGACUUUAUUCAUUUGUUUUUAUAAUUGUGAGCAUCAACGCAAAAACUAAGAGCAAGUAUUGUGAUGUCGUCUCAACUGAUCCAUCGAAGCACUGCUACGUGAAGGAGACCUUAACAACUAUCGCCCACAGCCCCAACCAGCUGUCCGUAGACAAGACCACCAACACGUUGUACUUCAGCUUCGACUUCGGCCAAGGGGAAUACGUCCCAGCGAUCCUCAACAUCGAAACCAAAAGCCUCAGUGUUCUGAAAGGCGUUAAGGACGCUUUUGCCAUAUCCAAUGACCCAGCCACUGGUGAAAUGUAUUUCGGAGGCAGCCACGGCAUCUACAAAUAUAGCGCCGCAAACAAAAGCUUGCAGAGGCUAAAUAUAAACAAUUUGGAUAUCUGGUGGCUGUUUAUCAAGAAGAACAUUUACUUCAUCAAGUUUCCCAGUCUCAGUGCGUUUUAUUAUGAGAACAAAACUGUGCGUGCUGUACAAGAAUUACGAGGUGAUAUCGUUCAUCAGUUUGUUUUGGAUAAGGAAGACAAUAUUUUCUUUAUUAACGGUACCGGGUUAUUUGGUAUAAAGCGCGAUCAUUACCGGCCUGUUCUAUUGAGGGAUCACCCGAGAUUUUUGGGCAUAGCGACGGAUAACAACGGGAUAGUCCAUGUUUGUAGUGAAGACGGAAUAUUUGUCGUCACUAAAAUGGUACAGAAAGUGAAGAAAGUUAUUAAUGUCCAAGGGGUUCUGGGACUAACUUUUGACAAGUCCAACAAUAUAAUUUAUUCAGAUUCUCACGAGAUCGUACGAUUGGUUCCGAUGGCCAGAGAAACUUAUUACGAUCAAAUUCGCAAUUUGUGAAAUGAAAUGUAAGGUCUGUAUCGUAUCAUCCAUCAAUGCAAGAUUAAAUAAUAAAUAACCAUUAAAAUAAAAUAAAAUAAAAUACAAAUUAGAUUUAUGUGUCUCUAGAUAUUUUAAGGGCUAUUUUUUUCAUCCUAAUUGUAAAUUUUCACUAAACUGUUUGUUAUAAAUACGCAUAAUAUCCAUGUUUUUAGAUUGAUUUAAUGUUAAUUAAUUUGUACUGUAAUGUAAUAUCUACAAUUUACUUGAAGAAGUCGGAUGAAAAAAUAUAUUUAAGAUAUUAACAAUUAGUGUUUGAUUUGUCUCUUUAAGUAUGUUACGAAUAUGUGUUUUGAACUCUUUUUAGGGUUCAGAAGAGGUAAAAACGGGACUUUACUAUAACUGAGGUACAGAUGUAUGUGUGAAAGUUGAAACUUUCAAAGAUAAUGUAUCUAUGUUACCGUUGUAAUGAAUAUUAUAAAUAUGAAGUAUGAUAAAUACUAAUAAAUAUGAAGGUUAAGAAACGUUUAAUGGUUUAUGUAGCCUAUUUGUACAAAACCUUCAGUUUAGUGAGUCCAAAUUACGUUUGUCCGGAUUUUCUCACUCUUCUCCAUUCCGUUCGUGCCUUAAUCAAAUGC